AUGGCGCGCUUGAAUACCCAGGCGUCCGUGACCGAAACUCCCGCAAUUGCCGAUGAACCCUCCCACGACCAGCCCGAUGACACGAUCAGUCUCGAUGUACCGGUACAGCUUUUGACGCCAGAAAACAGUCGCUCCGAAACUUCCAGCAAUAAUGAAGUUACGGUGCCUGAAGAGAAACCGGCGCCCCGCCGGAGAUCUACACGUGUAACUCGCGCCUCGCUGCAGGCACCAGAGAUUCCAGAAGCCACCACAUCCCACAUCGAAAAUACAGCUGCGUCAAGCAGCCAGGCAUAUGUUGAUAGUCUUGUCGAGUCAAAGCGAACGCGCUCGUCAUUGCGCAACAGUAUUGCUGUGAUGGAACGUUCAAACGACAUGGCGCCUUCUGUCGGUGAUAACAUGGUGGCCGACUACAACCCUCAAAUACCCCAUACACCUUGCUCGAACUCCUCGCAAGAACAGCACACCGACGAUAAUAAGCCUUCAACACAGCAGCGCACACUGCGCACACGCGUGACAAAGGUCCUUGCUGAGGUAGUGGAAACGCCCCAGUCCGAAACACCUAUGCAGAACGACUCGCAAGGCUCGAUGCGAAGAUCAACACGCCUCAGUUUUGUGAGCAAACCGAUAGACUUGCUGGAAUGUACGAGUGCCUUGUUGGGUAAGCGCUCUCGGGAACUGAGCGAGAAGGUCAAAGAACCAAGCCGUCGCUCUAGUCUUCGUCCUCGCAUCGCGGCUCCUCCUAAAGAGGAGUCGGCUGCGUCAAUACCUGAGCCUUCUGCUUCUAAGAAACGCCGGGUUUCGGAGAGUGAUAUGUCCAAACUAGACGCUGCCGAAGACAAGGUUCCGUCAGAAGAGCCCGCCGCGCCUUCCCUCCACCUCGAUACAAACCCAAGCGAUGGUUGA